GCCCUCAGGAACAACAGUGGAACCCUGUCGAUCAACACGACCCCAUACAACUCAAGACUCCUGCUCUCCAUCGUCACUCCAUUUCUCAAUCAUUCUUCCCAGAGGAGUUCUAAUCUCACUCCACAACCCAUCAGAGGGCUGCUACGCUAAGUCUACGCAAGAUGGACUCGGACUAUGAAACAGGCCCUUGGUCUGUAUCUGAUAUAGUUGCCAUCUCACUAAUUGGCCCCCUGAUGAUCGCAGCGUUCGUUGAGUCUUUCCUAUGGGUAGCAGCAUUCUGUUAUUGCCUUGGAAAGGCCUACAAGAAGGCAGAUCAUUGGUCGCAGAAACUGCUCGCUGCCGUUGGCGCUGUGCUUUUCUGCACCUUGAGGGGCGUAUUCCUUCCCGUCAUGAUUGUCACAUUGCCGCUGCCAAACCGAAUAACACAAUACUUCCCGCGUAUCUUGUCAGACUUCCUUAUGAAGUUCGCUUUCUAUACAUUUGCCCUCCUCCUCAUUGUCCCCUGGCUGCUCUGCGUCUACCGCAUCGUCGUGGUCCCUCUCGGGCGCAAGAAAAGAAUCAAAUACCUGCUCAAGGAACGGUCAGCUCCCAAGAUUGUCGUGGUGAUGCCCGUGUACAAAGAACCUCCUGAUACCUUGUGGACAGCGAUCAAUUCGGUGGUCGACUCGGACUACCCCAAGUCGUGUAUUCAUGUAUUUGUCUCGUUCGAUGGAGACAACAUUGAUGAGCUCUACUUGAAAACGGCCGAGCGUUUAGGCAUCCCGAUCACCUUGAGAGAGUUUCCACAAUCAAUUGAUGUGGCGUACAAUGGUGUCCGGAUCACCCUAUCAAGAUUUUCCCACGGAGGAAAGCGACAUUGUCAGAAAGCGACAUUCCUGCUGAUCGAUAAGAUUUACAAACGAUACCUUCAACAGAAAGAUGAUCUGUUCAUAUUAUAUAUCGACUCUGACUGCAUUCUGGACCCAGUCUGCAUCCAGAACUUCAUGUACGAUAUGGAAUUGAAACCCGGUAACAAGCACGAGAUGCUUGCAAUGACGGGAGUCAUCACAUGUCGAACGGACAAGAAUACAUUCCUAACUAUCAUGCAAGAUAUGGAAUAUCUUCAUGGUCAGCUGUUUGAACGCUCUGUGGAAUCAGCUUGUGGUGCGGUAACGUGCCUACCCGGAGCAUUGACGCUGCUUCGAUUCUCGGCCUUCCGCAACAUGGCUCGAUUCUACUUCUCCGACCGGACCGAGGAGUGCGAAGACUUAUUCGACUAUGCAAAAACACAUCUUGGUGAGGACAGGUGGUUGACUCAUUUGUUCAUGCUGGGAGCGAAAGGGCCGUUUCAGAUUCAACUGAGCACGAGCGCAUUUUGCAAAACGGAGGCUGUUCAGAGCUUUCGGGCAUUGAUCAAACAAAGACGACGCUGGUUCCUGGGCUUCAUCACAAAUGAAAUAUUCAUGGUAUAUGGAAUUCUCACCGCGGGCCAGAGAACAUGGGGUGGACCAAGAGCAGAUGCCGGAGCUGCAGAUUUCAAGACGACACCACAGCAAGCGAUUGAGCAUGCCAUUGAGACCGGGGACGAUCUCAAUGUGGUGCCGGAAACAUUCAAGCCGGCCAUGGAAAGUCGGCGAAGGCGGACUCGGCCAUCAGCCCUGCACCCGUCUUCGAGUGUAGAAGGGCGUUUCGUGCCCGCUGAGCCAGGACCAAGCCACCUGUGGGAGAAAGCCAUGUCAUCACCAACGCCAUCCGAGACAGAAAUGGGAUUCAACCGACGAUGGGAGCAUCAUUCGCUAGAUAUGAGCGACUCGGAAGGCAUAUCUAUACAUACACCGCAGCGUAUUGGGAGCUUUUCAGCAGACGAGCGGGGGUUGGGCUUCCAGUCUGAUGGGCAGUAUGAGCACGAAACGCCUCAGAGAAGCCCACAAAAGGCACGGGCCCAUAGGCCCCGAAGAAGUACAAUGUCGGCGCCUUCGGCAUAUCGAGCUCCAAGAGAACUCACUUUGGGGACAGCAGCGAGGCAAAGGACACUUUCUUUGGGAACACCCGAUCCGACAGAGCUGUCCCGGCAUCUGAACGCACUUGCUACACAACAGAAUCUCAUCGACAGCCGCCUCGCCGCAGCACAACGAAGUCCGCUGGGCCGGAUUAGUCCGUUGACGGUGGUGGCUGUCGAUGACGGCCUCUCCAGACUGCGUGAUACAGAGGGAAAUUUGGAUGGUCAAGAGAGGACUGAAGCCCCAGUUGGUGGCAGUUGGAGGAGAUGGUCCAAGCAGAAGAAGAGGGAGUGA